AUGAACUUAUGGCUUUUGACAAUAAUCUUAGCUAUUGCCGCUGAAAUAAUCACUGUAUCAUCAAAAAAGGCUUUGCAAACCAAAAAAGAGGACUUUAAUAGCACAGAUAAGAAUGAGUCGAAACAAUCGUCUUCAAAAGGAAUAAUUAAUCAAAUAUGGAUAAAAGUAAAACGAUUAGUCGAAGAAGUAUACAACAAAACUUUUUGGGCAACCGCAGGAUUUUUUGAUGGCAAGCACUCAUACACAUGGAAAUUAUUCGGAAAAACAAUCCGAGUUGUGAUGCCACGAAGCGAGGAAGAGGUUAAAAAGCAAUUAGCUGCUAUCCAGAAAUUAAUUCGUGAAAAUCCUACCGAUCGAUGCCUUAUUGUAAUUUGUGUGAACAUAGUGAUUUUUGUAAUUAGUUACACAAUACUAUUCAAUUACAACAUAUGCUGUUAUUUUCGUUGCCGACGAGCCUGGAUGGCUGAAGUAAAUGACCAAAGGAUAUUUCAGUCGAGUCAUUCGAUUGUUGGCUCGAAUUUACCCAGAAAUCUAUCAUCUGCUAUCAGAAAAGUUGGUGCAGGAAUAUCACAUAAACAGGAACUAUCAGCGAUUAUUGGUCUAACCUCGUUGGAUUGGGUCAAUAAGUUAGAAGAAGGGCAUCAUAUUCAGCAAGCGAUUGACAAUGAAUCGAAGCAGAUUCUUACUUUAGAUGAGAGCAAUGAAGAAUCUGCAGGAUAUUUAUUAUAA